AUGUGGCUCUCCAGGAUGCUCUUGCUUGCUGUGUGUGGUAUCUUGGUAUUUGGAGUGAUGCUGGUGGUACAACGGCAGGGCCAAAUCGGUCUUGAAGGAGCACUUUUCUUAACCAAAAAUCUGAUUCGGGAGCUAAAAAACCAGCUUUUUCUGAAACAAGACCAUAGUGGACCACCAACAAACCUUGAAAGCACCGCUUUACCUCGCGAAUAUGACCAUUUCGGCAUGGAAUAUCCGUUUUCUAACAUGAUGAACCUGAUAUUUCCCAUCGAUUCGAGAAUUCAGUACAAUGUAAGUAACGAAACCCACGAGUUUCCAGCACGGUACGCCUCAUUUAGCCCUAUAGUCAACUAUAACAUCGAUAGCGGGUUUGGAAUUUUGGACGAUACAGCUUGUUCGCCGCUAAACGCUCUGGAUUUCUCUCAUCUCCAGGAAAAAAUCAUAGUGGUGAUGCGGGGCAAUUGUACGUUUGUGCAAAAGAUAUCCAACUUGCUUGAGUUGGGUUUAGACCCACAGGCCAUACUUGUUGCAAACAAUGUUCGGAACCAUGGAUUGGUCACCAUGUACUCUACCGAUUUCAACCAAGACGGGACACUCCGAACUCCGGUUCUUUUCAUUUCUUUCGAGGGCUACGAGCAGCUCGAUGCUAUUUCUGGUAGCGAUGUUGACUUGCGAAUUGCAGCGGCAGCUUUGGGCGGGUGGAUCAAUUUGGUCAUUUCGGUGAUGCUUUCGCCGCCUCUUGUAAUUCUCAUCAUAUACGGAGUCAUCAGAUGUGGGCAGAUUAUUAAGAGAAAACACCAUAGUCGCGAGAACGAGCAGUUGGUCCGCAAUCUCAAGGUCUACAUCUACAACCGCAGCCACCUCAUACCCGCCAGUGAUUUCUACGACUACAUCCGUGUGACUAAUCAAACCCACGAAUUGGAACAAGCACAAGCAGCGGAGCAAAAUACCAGCAGUGCUACGUUGAGCAGUGCUGAACUGUCUCCACCAGCUACUCCAGCCUCAGAACUUCCUGCAAUGGUGCGCGGACUCAAUAUUCUUGUUCCUCCUGAUGAUUAUUUCAACGCUACAAAAUGCUCUAUUUGCCUUGAAAAAUUCCACCCGCUUCGCUCUCGAGUGUUGCUUCUCAAUUGCAAGCACUUUUAUCAUGAACAAUGCUUGUCAAACUGGCUCAUCAACUUCAAGCGGUCCUGUCCCUUGUGCAACAAUUCACUCAAACUGAGCUACCUUUUGAGCCAGCCACAGCCCAGCUAUGGUGCUCUCGAAGAGUCUGUUGGAGUGAACUCUGGGGGAAGUAGCCAUUAUCAAGCGGAAGAAAGAUCUAGCUCAGGAACUCCGGCACACGAUUCUGGUCACACAUCAAACUCUGCCAUGCUUACUGAACAAGACACACAGCCAGCCAGAAGCGACGAAAGUGUCGUAGAUGAGUCCUUGGGUGAAGUUGAAGUAGAGCCAACUGUUCCCGCAAAGGCACCAUCUCUUCCACCAGGGUCCACAGCAUCAUUUACCACAGCCAAAACCCAACUUGAAAAUCCCACUGGACCUCCACCGAGCCUGCGUCCGAAAGUAUUCUCACGUCCAUCACAAUUGCUCCGAUUCACAACGCUGAAUCAUGACUCCAAGGAGUUGAGUGGGAGCAUUGAUUCCGGUGAACUUGAGUAG